AUGUGUGACGUACAGCAGAGACGUGUGGACAGAGCGCCUUCUGCACGUCGUCUGCAUGGGAUGAUCACAGCCAAGCUUCUACAUCGUAUCCGUAGCAAUGAUCCGACGCUAUGUACUCUGCGCAUUUGUCCAGAGUUGAUCACAUCCCCCGGCAUGUUAGACGCGUUGCUGCGGAAUAGUACUAUCCGUAGUGUUGUCUUUGUCAAUGUGACCGCAAAGACGGUUUCAGAGCCAUUAUUUGCCAAAUUUCUUGCGUGCCUUUAUCACCUACCAUUGUAUACCCUGCUUGCGGGAGGUAACCUGCGGUUACCCGCUCAUUAUAUGAGGCAUCUGCUGGAACUUGUGGAGUAUUCAUGCGGUGUUGGAAAAGGCUGCAAAUGGUCGUCAGAGGAAAACAAAGCCACAGCUGUAAAAGGUGCGGCAUCUGCAGCAGAUGAGGUUGUUAAUCAGGCGACGAACUCUUCUACGGAUGACUUGAAGCCCAUGGCAAAAUUAGAGUUUGUUGACCUCUCGGGAAGCCACAUCACAGACUCGCAUGUCAUGUGGUUGGGGAGGAUGAUAUUUCAUCCUCGAAGUUCACUGCGAUAUGUUGAUCUUUCUGAAUGUUGUUUGGGGACGGUGGGUAUACGGAGUUUGCUACUGGAGGAGUUGACAUUGAACUCACGCCUCACUGCUGAAGUGGUGGAUAACACACAACUCGAGGUCUUAGAUAUACGGUGGAAUGGCAUUACGGAGGAUUUUGCGUUGAGGGUAUUUCUGGACUCUUUAGAGAUGAAUUCCAGUUGCACAACAUGCAUACGGGCACAUGGGAAUUACAUAUCUUCUGAAUUGUAUCAGCGACUUGUUGAUCGAGAGGCCAGUAUGCUGCCUAUCAUUGAGGGCAAACGUCAGAGAAGGCGUCAGACGAGGCGUACUGAGGCGGAAGAGCUCAGGCGACAACUUCAGCAACAACAAGAAGAACAACAGCAGCAGCAGCAGAAGCAGCAGGUUGUUUCUUCUUCUAGCGGUGCUUUGGGUUUUCUUCUUUCCGUUGCUUCUGAUUCGCCGUCGUCCUUGCCGUGUCUUUGCCUGCUGGCUUCCCUCUUGCAUACGCAGGAGUGA